UGAGCCUGGAUCCUUCGGGGAUUUCGUCGAGUGCUGAAGGCGCAUCUCCGAACGCCUUCCUUGUACAUAAGAGCUGCAUAGAGAGCCACUGAGCCCAAAGACAGACAGCCCCCAUGAACGCACCAGUCACUGCUAUUUCCGAAACUCUAACGAACCAUGUCCUCAAAGCUGUUUUUCGACCCCAUGACUCUGUUCAGAGUCGCCCCCCUCGUGACGGCCUCCUUCUCGGUCUGCUUCUCUUGGGACCAGCAAUUCUUCCUCCAGAACUUCCUACACCCAACGACGAGAUCCAAAAUCGACGGUAUCUUACCUGCCUACUUCGAUACUUUCUUUCGCGCAGGCUUGCCGAGGAUUCUGGUGCUUUUCACCACAUCUACCGCCCUUGGCAUCGCCAACGCUGUGACGGGGAAGCCUAACACGUUGCGUUUCUACGUUGCUGGUGCGGUUCUCUCUGCCGCCCACUUCCUCUUUGUCCCGUGGGUCAUGUAUCCCAUCAGGGCCAUCGUCCAUGAUGAGAGCGACGGCCGGAGCUCCGAGGACCUGGAGAAGUGGCUCGGGGUCCACACAAUCCGUACUCUGCUCGUCGACGUGCCUGCAUGGGCGUGCUUCUUCUUGGCGAUCCUGGGGGCCGUCAGGGCCGUCUAGGUGCUGUAUUCCUACAAGACAUGCAUCGGAUUGGAUGAUUAGAAGGACAUAGGGCUAGGUUGUAGGAUGCUAUCCUUUCGUCAAAGAUGAUUAUUCGCCAACGCCGUCCAUAUCGCGUCGUCAUACACAUGCACGGAAUGUAGAAGCUCUUGGC